AUAUAAAACGAAGAAUUAAUAUAUAACCAGUAACACUGAUGGGUGUAUUUUCUAUAAAGUACCAUUUCAAAAAGUAUUAAUAAUAUUAAUGGUACACAACAAUAAUUUUUAGUUUAGAAAAAUACUAGGUAUUUUUUUAAAUAAUCUGUAAUAUAUAACGUUCAUAUUUUUUUUAAUUAAAAGAAAAAGGAAGUAACGACAAUUCAUAAAUUAGCUCUUCUUUAUCAUUAAAGAAUGCCAGGGUAAGCACAAUUAUUUCUCUUCCGAAACAUAGUGUUAUAGGAUAUCUUCCACCAGCAAAAUUAAUUUCCAGUGUUACAGGGAUGUCUUUGGAUAAUAUGUUCUGUUCUCGAUGUAGAGAAGGUUUUGUGCCUCAUGAAAAGAUUGUUAAUUCAAAUGGAGAACUAUGGCAUCCUCAAUGCUUUGUAUGCGCACAAUGUUUCCGUCCAUUCCCAGAUGGAAUAUUCUAUGAAUUUGAAGGGUACAAAUAUUGUGAACAUGAUUUCCAUGUCUUAUUUGCACCUUGUUGUGAAAAAUGCGGAGAAUUUGUCAUCGGCCGUGUAAUAAAAGCAAUGAAUGCUAAUUGGCACCCAGGAUGUUUCCGUUGUGAAGAAUGCAAUGGUGAAUUAGCUGAUGCAGGAUUUAUUAAAUGUCAGGGUAGAGCUUUAUGCCAUACAUGUAACGCACGUGUCAAGGCUGGGGCACUUGGAAAAUAUAUUUGUCAUCAGUGCCAUGGUGUAAUUGAUGACAAGCCUCUCCGUUUUCGCGGAGAACUCUAUCAUCCAUACCAUUUUAAUUGUACUGCUUGUGGUAUAGAACUUAAUUCAGAUGCUAGAGAGGUUAAUUCUAGACCAGGAUAUGCUGCCAAUGAAAUGAAUGAGCUAUACUGUUUGAGAUGUCAUGAUAAGAUGGGAAUUCCAAUUUGCGGUGCAUGUCGACGUCCGAUUGAGGAACGAGUAGUAACUGCUCUAGGUAAACAUUGGCAUGUUGAACAUUUCGUUUGUGCAAAAUGUGAAAAGCCGUUUUUAGGUCAUCGACAUUAUGAGAAAAAAGGUUUAGCUUAUUGUGAAACACAUUACCAUCAACUUUUCGGUAAUUUGUGUUUUGUAUGUAAUCAAGUAAUUUCUGGCGAUGUUUUUACAGCUUUGAAUAAAGCAUGGUGCGUACAUCAUUUCGCCUGUGCAUUUUGCGAUCAAAAAAUGAAUCAAAAAACUAAAUUUUUUGAGUUUGAUUUAAAACCUGCCUGUAAAAAAUGUUACGAUAAGUUUCCACAAGAAUUGAAAAAACGUAUGCGCCGAAUGUAUGAUUUAAACCCUAAAAGACUACCAGCUUAAUCAUAUAAGCAACAUAUAUCAGCUUAUGGUUAAUUGAAUGUAAAAUGAAAUAUCUCUUAAUAUUAUCAAUGAAAGUUUAUGUUAUUGUAUUAUAACGUCAUAGUUAUGCUUUAAUUGCUAACAUUAUUUUAUGUUAAAUCAUUAUAUUUAAACUUUGCAUCAAUCAUAAUAAUUAUUUUAAUAUAUCUAUAUAAAUAUGAAA